UUGGUCAGGUGUGCAGUUUUCUUGUGAGGCCUUCAGAUAAUACACCUGGUGAUUAUUCACUCUAUUUUCGGACCAGUGAAAAUAUUCAGCGUUUUAAAAUAUGUCCAACAUCAAAUAAUCAGUUUAUGAUGGGAGGCAGAUACUAUAAUAGUAUUGCUGACAUCAUUGAGCACUAUAGAAAAGAACAGAUUGUUGAAGGAUAUUACCUUAAAGAUCCUGUUCCAAUGCAGCACCAAGAACAAGUGCUUAAUGAUACCGUGGAUGGAAAAGAAAUCUACAACACAAUUCGCCGGAAAACAAAGGAUGCUUUUUAUAAAAAUAUUGUCAAAAAAGGUUAUCUUCUGAAAAAAAGUAAAGGAAAAAGAUGGAAAAACUUGUACUUUAUAUUAGAGGGAAAUGAUGCCCAGCUUAUUUAUUUUGAAAGUGAAAAACGAGCCACAAAACCCAAAGGACUGAUAGACCUUAGUGUGUGUUCUGUCUAUGGAGUACAUGACAGUUUGUUUGGCAGGCCAAACUGUUUUCAGAUAGUAGUUCAGCACUUUAGUGAAGAGCAUUACAUCUUUUACUUUGCAGGCGAAACUCCAGAACAAGCACAGGACUGGAUGAAAGCUCUGCAGAUGUUUUGCAGUUUAAGAAAAACCAGUCCAGGAACAUCAAAUAAACGUCUGCGUCAGGUCAGCAGUCUUAUUUUGCAUGUAGAAGAAGCUCACACUCUUCCAGUAAAGCAUUUUACGAAUCCUUAUUGUAACAUCUACCUGAACAGUGUCCAGGUAGCAAAAACACACGUCAGGGAAGGGCAGAACCCUGUGUGGUCAGAAGAAUUUGUCUUUGAUGACCUUUCAUCUGAUAUUAAUAGAUUUGAGAUAAGUCUUAGUAACAAAACAAAGAAAAGUAAAGAUCCAGAUAUAUUGUUUAUGCGUUGCCAAUUAAGCCGAUUACAAAAAGGACAUGCAACAGAUGAGUGGUUUCAACUCAGUUCCCAUGUGCCAUUAAAGGGUAUUGAGCCAGGAUCUUUGCGUGUUCGAGCAAGAUAUUCCAUGGAGAAGAUCAUGCCAGAAGAGGAGUACAAUGAGUUUAAAGAGCUUAUUCUCCAGAAAGAACUUCAUGUAGUCUAUGCCUUAUCACAUGUGUGUGGACAGGAUAGAACACUCUUGGCUGGCAUCUUACUGAAGAUUUUUCUUCACGAAAAGCUUGAAUCCUUGUUGUUACGAACACUAAAUGACAGGGAGAUAAGCAUGGAAGAUGAAGCUACCACCUUGUUCCGUGCCACCACUUUAGCAAGCACACUCAUGGAGCAGUAUAUGAAAGCCACAGCAACGAGUUUUGUUCAUCACGCACUGAAAGACUCCAUAUUAAAGAUAAUGGAGAGCAAGCAGUCCUGUGAGUUAAAUCCCUCAAAGUUAGAAAAAAACGAAGAUGUAAACACAAAUUUGGCACAUCUACUCAGUAUACUUUCAGAAUUGGUGGAGAAAAUAUUCAUGGCUGCAGAGAUACUGCCCCCGACAUUGAGGUAUAUUUAUGGAUGCCUACAGAAGUCUGUACAAAACAAGUGGCCUGCUAAUACCACUAUGAGAACCAGAGUUGUUAGUGGCUUUGUUUUUCUUCGACUGAUUUGUCCUGCUAUCCUGAACCCAAGGAUGUUUAAUAUCAUCGCAGAUUCUCCUUCCCCUACUGCUGCAAGAACACUGACGCUGGUCGCCAAGUCUGUGCAGAACUUAGCAAAUCUGGUUGAAUUUGGAGCUAAGGAGCCAUAUAUGGAAGGGGUAAAUCCAUUCAUCAAGAGCAACAAACAUCGCAUGAUCAUGUUCUUGGAUGAACUUGGGAAUGUCCCUGAGCUUCCAGACACUACAGAGCACUCUCGCACUGACCUGUCCCGUGACCUGGCAGCUCUGCACGAGAUCUGUGUGGCACACUCGGAUGAGCUCCGGACGCUCAGCAAUGAGCGAGGUGUGAUGCAGCAUGUUCUUAAGAAGCUUUUGGCCAUUACUGAACUGCUACAACAAAAACAAAAUCAGUAUUCGGUGUCUAACAACAUCAGGUAGCAGCCCUCUACCUGAGUUCUGCAUGGAUCCAGCAUGCCCGACAUGGCAACUCACACCAGUAUCACUUUCUUCUUGCUCUUGCCAAAAAUAGCACACCCUGUCACAUUCCCAGUGAUGUGUGAACUAUGCAAAAAGAAAUCAAAGAUCCUGUUGGUGAAUGAUUGUACCAGCAGUUUUUUUAAGCUAUCUGUGCAGGACAUUUGCACUUUUUUUUUUCCACUUGGAAACAGUUUUCACAACCUCUGAGCCUUGGUGUACAGUUCACCUUCCACAGAGAAAAUGCUGUGACUGUGUCUUGGACUUUGAAAAUUAUUUUCAGCACCUCUGAUUGCCAAAGUUUUCGCUGUCUGGUUGGAAAAGAUUUAUCAACUGACAUUGAGAAGAAAUGCGUUGUUCAGACAGCCACCUAUAAACUGGAUAACAUUUCUUACUGGUUACAAUAAUUACAACUUUUGACUGUUUCAACCACUUUUAACUUGUAUUUACAGUUUCCAGAAUUUGAUGUUAUUGUAGGAACAAUCGUUACUGUACACUUUUUAUACCAUGCUGUUUCUCCUGCUGGAAUCAUGUUGAAAGAGAAUAUGCAGAAUGGGUCUUGUCAGCUUUAUUUUUUUGAUGUGCCACUGAUUCAGUCUGAAUAGUUCUUCUGUCAAGAACGGUAUAUCCAGAUAAAUCACAAUGCUUUUGUAAAAUGUUUACAACAGUAAAUAAUUUUAAUUCAGUAAAUUUAUUGAUCAUUGUAUCAAACAUGCAUGCAUUCAUUAAACCAUUUU